AUGCAUCCAGAUAAGUACUUACCUGAACUGGUGGCCGAGAAAAACAGCUUGGAUUCGUGCUUUGUGCAUGCGGUGCGCCUGCUUGCAGAAGAGAUUGAAAAGUACGAAGGUGAUGAAUUGAGGAAAGAUGGCGACACGAAGAAAUACCUAGAUAUAAUCAGCAAUAAAAACAUCAAGCUCUCCGAAAGAGUUCUCAUUCCCAUCCAACAGUAUCCAAAGUUUAAUUUUGUAGGGAAGCUGCUGGGACCGCGGGGGAAUUCUAUGAAACGAUUACAAGAGGAGACAGGAGUGAAGAUGUCCAUUCUUGGCAAAGGGUCCAUGAGGGAUAAAGGCAAAGAAGAAGAAUUACGGAAAAGCGGAGAAGCCAAAUACGCCCAUCUGAGCAACGACCUACACGUUUUAAUUGAAGUCUUCGCUCCACCUGGAGAGGCCUACUCUCGCAUGAGUCAUGCCUUGGAGGAGAUUAAAAAAUUUCUAGUCCCA